UGUAUUUUGUUUAGAGAAAAGACCUUACUAAUAUAGUCCAUAGUAAGUAAUGAAGAGUUAUUUUCUCUUUGUGCCUUUGUUUGUUUGCUUUAAGAGAAUACACCUUUAGUAUAAAGGGAUCUUUACCAAUAUGAAAACAACAAACUUAUAGAGCUAUGGACUUAGCAUGAGAAUGCAGAUACAGGUUAAUUCUCUGUCCUAUGGGCACAGCUGUUCACCCUUCUGCUUUCAGUUGUGGCUUUUUGAUUUAGAGACCCUCUUUAUAAGUCCAAGUCUUAAGCAGCAUGUGUUGUUGAGAUAGUAGUACAUUUGGUGGAACGUAUACUUAGACAUUCGGAAUUCCUUUGUAAAAGUUCUUUGUUAGUCAUAGAUUUGGGGUAAAUAACCCUAGUACAAUGAAGCCCAAGCAUUGCAGCUCUCAGCCUUCUGUGCAAGGGAGUGCUGACCUCACUGGAAAUGGCCUUCAUUGCCUCAGUUUUGCUACCUGAAGCCAGGUGUCUUCUAAUGACUAUGAUCACCUUGUGCAUUUCCGUAGCACGGGUUAGGCUCUGGGGUGUGACAGUGGUCAUGAGCAACCAAAGCCAUACAGGGAUCCUGUCCAGUACCCUAGGACUCCCCAGCAGUGCUCCAGUGCUGACAGACAUUGACCAUGGGUUUUACACCAUCUGCACUCUCUCCGGUUGUAUAUAGGUGUCCUCUUGUUGCCAUUGGUCUUGUAAGAGCAGACCUUCAUACAUGUACUCAUGUUCACACAGUUACUUCUCUACAAAGCAGUGGUGCCUCCCCAUGCCUUCUGGUCCCCAAUCCAUAUAUUUCCCAAACACCAUCUAUUCUGACCACCCAGGUCAUUAGAAUCAACUCCUUGCUGAUUAGCAUACCUCAUUUUCUACAAAUCCAUUACAUCACUGAUUGAGGAGCAGUGAGAUUAAUUACAAAGUAUUCACUUUACCAAAAACUUCCCUAAAAGCCAAUCUUUAUUAAUUAAUUACCAUUAUUGCUUAUUAAUUAACUUUUCCUACCACCUGACUUGAUAGACUUCAGUGUCUUCAAGAGCUGCCUGUAAUACCCUACGUCAACAUAUCAACAAUUACAUAAUGCUCUUUAAAGGAUCUAUAUGCUGUAAAAUAGUGUGAUCUAACUAAAUUAGCAAAGACCUAAACAAUAGACAUUCAUCUCCCAAACAUACAAAAUAGACAGCAAGUUUCAACACAAAACUUAACAAUAAAGUGUGAGCUUAGUAAAUGUGUUUUUAACAUCAAAUAGAUAUUUGUAUAUGUUUUCAAACAGAGAGAACAAGACAUCUUUGGUUUCUGGAGGCACUCAACAUCAGAUAUAUUAGCAACUGUUCAUUUAAAUGUAGUGCUAAUCAUUCUAAGGGAUCGUGUUGCUGUUGUGUUGGCAGAGUGAUGGGAUGGAAGCCCUGAGAGGAGGAAGAGGAGCAGGUGCCUACUGAUGGGGGCACCUCAGCAGAAGCCAUGCAGGUGCCCUUGGAAGAAGACGAUGAAAUGGAGGAAGAGGAAGUCAUCAAUGAUGAGAACUUCUUGGGUAAGAGGCCACUGGACAGUCCUGAAGUGGAAGAAAUGCCCGCCAUGAAGCGCCCACGACUCCUGAGUACUAAAGGGGACUCCCUAGAUGUUGUGUUGUUAGAAGCACGAGAACCUCUCAGCUCAAUAAAUCCACAGAAGAUCCCACCAAUGCUCUCUCCUGUGCACGUCCAGGACAGUACUGAUCUGGCCCCUCCAUCACCAGAGCCCCCCAUGCUUGCUCCAUUUGCAAAGUCACAACUACCAAUUGCAAAGCCAUUAGAAACAAAGUCAUUUACACCGAAAACAAAGACUAAAGCUAGCUCUCCGGGUCAGAAAGGUAAAUCACCCAAGGCUGCGCUAUCACCAGCAAGGCUUGGGAGUCCUAUUCGGUCACCAAAAGCCAUCCCUAAAGAAAAGAAGUCACCUGGACGCUCUAAGAGCCCCAAGAGUCCUAAGAGCCCCAAGACUGUAACUCAUGUUCCCCAAGCCCCUGUCAGACCUGAAACACCAAAUAGGACCCCUUCAGCUAUGGUGGUUGAAAAAACUGUUAAAGAGACCAUCCCAGUGAAACCAACACAGACUCCCCUGGAAGCUGGGAAAUUGAACAUUGAAAUGCAGCAGAAAAAGGGUAUGGUAACAGACAAAACCAUCGAUGACUCCAUCGAUGCUGUGAUCGCACGUGCCUGUGCAGAGCGGGAGCCAGACCCUUUCGAGUUUUCUUCCGGAUCAGAAUCGGAAGGAGACACUUUUACAAGUCCUAAGAGGAUUUCAGGGUCAGAGUGCACCACUCCAAAAGCUUCCACUUCCUCCAAUAACUUCACCAAGUCCCUCGCUACUCCUCUGCCUCUCUCUGGCGGAACCUCGAGUUCAGAUAACUCGUGGACAAUGGAUGCCUCUAUUGAUGAGGUGGUACGGAAGGCAAAGCUGGGAACCCCUUCCAACAUGCCUCCCACCUUCCCAUAUAUCUCUUCUCCCUCCAUUUCUCCUCCCACUCCCGAACCUCUGCACAAAGGGUGUGAGGAGAAAGCCAAGCUGCCCUCAUCUGUGGACGUAAAGAAGAAGUUGAAAAAAGAACUGAAGACUAAGUUGAAAAAGAAAGAAAAGCAGCGAGACAGAGAGAGGGAAAGAGAGAGAAACAAAGAAAGAAGCAAAGAGAAGGAUAAAAUGAGAGAGAGGGAGAAGGAGAAGGAGGCUGGAAAGGAAGUUAAGUACCCAUGGAAGGAGUUGAUGAAAGACGAAGAUUCUGAUCCCUAUAAGUUUAAAAUCAAAGAUUUUGAAGACAUUGAUGCAAAAGUGCGAUUGAAAGAUGGGAUCGUAAGGAGAGAGCGAGAGAAGCACAAGGACAAGAAGAAAGAUCGAGAAAGAGGCAAGCGGGAGAAAGAUAAGCGAGAAAGGGAAAAGCUUAAAGAAAAAAGCAGAGAAGACAAGAUAAAGGCCCCUUCCACACAGCUGGUGCUGCCCCCAAAAGAAAUGGGGCUGCCUUUGUUCAGCCCAUCAGCAGUGAGGGUCCCAGCCAUGCUGCCAGCCUUCUCGCCAAUGCUCCCAGAAAAACUGUUCGAGGAAAAAGAGAAGCCCAAGGAGAAAGAAAGGAAAAAGGACAAAAAGGAGAAGAAGAAGAAGAAAGAGAAGGAGAAGGAAAAGGAGAAGAAAGAAAGGGAGAGGGAGAAGGAGAAAAGGGAAAGAGAGAAGAGAGAGAAAGAAAAGGAGAAACACAAGCAUGAAAAAGUAAAAGUGGAGCCCGUCAUCCCAGCCCCAAGUCCAGUUAUUCCCAGGUUGACUCUGCGAGUUGGUGCUGGCCAGGACAAGAUUGUCAUCAGCAAGGUGGUGCCAGCCCCAGAGGCUAAGCCCGCUCCUUCUCUGAACAGACCUAAAACCCCACCUCCGGCCCAGGUCCCUAUUCCUGUACGAGUGAGCCCUACUCCCCUGCCGCCACCACUCCUCACCCAGGCUGCAGUGUGCCCAGCCCUGAUGCCAUCCCCAGCUCCAGCGCUCUCUGGAGCAGGGAGUGCCAAAGCCCCAGUGAGGAGCGUCGUGACAGAGACGGUCAGCACGUAUGUGAUCCGUGAUGAGUGGGGCAAUCAGAUCUGGAUCUGUCCAGGGUGCAACAAGCCUGAUGAUGGGAGCCCAAUGAUUGGCUGUGACGACUGUGACGAUUGGUACCACUGGCCCUGUGUGGGAAUCAUGGCUGCUCCCCCAGAAGAGAUGCAGUGGUUCUGCCCGAAGUGUGCCAACAAGAUAAAGAAAGACAAGAAGCACAAGAAGAGGAAGCACCGUGCGCACUGACGUCAGCGCGGGCAGGACUGCGGCCCUGCACCGGGUUGGGGCUGGCCUGGUCCUGCCAUUAGAGCGCAUCCCUCAGGCCCUGUGGACAACGCAUCCCCGAGGAGCAAGGACAAGAAUAGGCCAUCGCUCUGGAUGCCCCCUUCUGAAACACAUGGGCCUGAGCUCCCACAGCAUGUUGCUGAAGAAAAACUGCAGUGGAGGCCUGGCCCGAGGGCUGGCACCUCCAUCUGCCUAUUGCCAGUGACAAGUAUUAAUAAAGACACCACACAUCUGCCCUCUUGAUUUCCUUUCUUCUCUCCAGAACCUUUCAUUACGGUAUUAGAUAAGAAGGUAACGUACAAAUGCCUUGACUGUGAUCGAAGGGUGCAUCAUUAGCUACAGUUGGCAAGCCUGCUCCCUCCACAGUGAGAUAAUCAGAAAGAACACUCCAGUCAGAGGACUGGAAAUAUUUUUGUGAUGAGAGUAUAUGAAGCUCCCCCACCUCCCCCGACUUUUAUUACUAACGUGUAAAAUGUUCAGGCUUUUGUGAGAUACCUUAUAUUUUUUAAGAAAAGGGUUUCUAUCAUGUCCUGUCCACCUCUGUGCAAAUUCUUUUCCUUUGGCCUAUUUUAUAACUUGGUUGCAUUCUCAUUCCACUGUGUGAACUGCUGGAGUCCCUUCUUGCUGCGUGUGCAUCCCAUCGACUUGUAUAAAACUCUUGAUAAUAAGGAGAAUCCCCCUCACUGUAAAUAAUAAAUAUUUAUGAAGUAGUUAUUUUUAAAAUUUUUUUAUCGUGUUUAAUUCUGGCUUUCUCCGGAAUCCACUGCGAUUUCAGCCAUGUCUGUAAUUGCUGCUGUUCAUAGGAAAAGAAAAGAGAGAGAGAGAGAGGGACCCAGAGCCAUGUCCCCCGAGUGCACCGCCCACACGCCGGGCAAGGACCUCAGCAACCGGAAGGAAACAGGCAAUUGACAUCUCAAGUUGAUGGUUUGAAAUUGUUUGCUUUGUUUUAUAUUUUCUGUAAAUUCCUCUCACUUUUACUAAAAAGGACAUGUAGUUUCCACAAAAGUAAAAAAAGAAAAACUACUGUAGCAUUUUUGUGUUUAUAUUGUUUUAUUUCUACAGAUUUGUUCAUGGAUAUUGUGCUUUAAGGUUGAAAUGAAGUAUAUUAUGAAUUUUUUUAAGAAAACUCAUCAAAUUUCAGGGUAUCACAAGACUUUCUUAUAUUACUAUGCUGCCCACUAUUUAUUAUAUGUUAUAGAUAUCUGAGACAUAAACCAAAUGUUUUAUUUUUAAUGUAAAAAAACAUCAAAUUUAACUUUAUUAGCAUAUUUUAGUGACUUUGGAAUAACUAUGGACUUUUACUUGAUUUUGAAAUAAUCCCAAUUUGGGCAUGUGUGAAGUCUAUCUUGAAUAUGUUAGAAUGUGGAAUUUGAACCUAAUACAAAUAUAUGAAUAGAAAUGUGAUUUUUUUUUUUACUGCCAACUCAAUUGAUAUUAUUAGCAUUAUAAUUACUCCUAUUUUAAAACAUAUAAUGUGGUUUCAGAAAUGCGGUUCUCUGCCUUGGUGUUAAAUUGCAGAACAGUGGAAUGGAGCCAACCUGCGAAGAGUGUGGAAGUCACUACCCCCCUUGUUCUAGAAGCCAGAAAUUUCCGUCACCAUCACCCCCGUACCCCAAAAAGUAUCUAUGUUGAGAUGUGUCUUUUUUCUUUUUGAUUCAUUAGAGAUCAUCCUGAAUACUUUAUACAAUAUUUUCACAUGCACAAGUAUACCCAUUAGUGCUUUUUGGAGAAGACAAAGGGUGGGGGAAGUACAAAAUAAAGAUUAUUGGCUGGUUUU